GGUGCGCAGCGGGCGGCCAUGUUGGAGCAGCGGAGGCGGCGCAGAGGCGCGUCCUGGGUCCCCGCGGCGGCGCCGGUGCCAAGCGCUGGUUUGCGGAUACCCAGGCAGGUCUGCAGUGCCUAAUGCCAUGAGCGUGGUGGUGCAGCAUGCAGAGGAGAAAGCUGUGCACUCCUGGUCGCGGAUCUCCACGGCAGGGAAGAAGGCCCUGGAGGAAGCGCUGCUUGUCUUUAACCCCAUGAGCCAGGAUCUCAGUGCCACUGAGGCCCAGCUUGUGGCCUUCCUGCAGGGCCUGCGGGAUGAUGGCUUCCAACCUACCAUCCUGCGCAGCGGUGAUGUCUAUGGCUAUAGUUCAUGCACAGCCAAUCCCCCAAGCCAGACAAAGCUUCAAGCUCGUGCCCCCACCCCAGCUGCCACAUCACCUCCAGCCAGUGCUCCCCGAACUUCCAUGCGGCUGCCUGCAGGGCGGGCCACGCUGCUCCCCAUGCCACUGUCUGGCAGGCUGGCCAAAGCGUCCACACCAGCCCUCACCAAACAUGCCACCACCAACCUGCUACUGAGCUCCCUGAAGCAGUCAAGUGCCAGUCGUGCCCGGGGUGCGGCAGUGGGCUUUCCCACCCACCUCUAUCCGGGCGUCUACCCUGCCAUGCGGCUCUCUGUUGUCCUUGAGGCCCUGGUUCCACUCAAGACUCCUAUGCCCUGCUUGAGUGCCAAGCACAAGGCACAGUCACUGCAGCUCUCACUUGCAGACUCUCCCCUGAAGCUGCGGAAAGGUCCAGGGAAGAGGUUGGGGAAUUCCCGCCCCAAAGCACCCAGAAAAGCCACAAGCAAGGGCCCCAAGUGUCUGACUCGAAGAGGCCCCAGGGCUGGACCCCAACAAGGCACUGGGCCCCAGAGCAAGACCUACAAAGCCUCUGAGUCCCUUGGUGGCCCACAAAUGAAAGGUGGCUGUGCUCUGGGCACCAAAACAACCCAGGCCAAAGCUGCCCGUCCCCAGGCCAAGGUGGCUCGAACACAGGCCAAAACUGCCAAGGCCCGGGCAAAAGCCAAGGCAGCACGGAUCAAGGCCAAAGCCAAGGCAGCACAAAUCAGGGCCAAGGCCAAGGCCAAGGCAGCGCGGGCCAAGGCCAAGGCUAAGGCCAAGGCAGUGCGGGCCAGAGCCAAGGCCAAAGCAAUGCGGGCCAAGGCUAAGGCCAAGGCAGUGCGGGCCAGGGCUGAGGCCAAGGCAGUGCGGGCCAAGGCCAAGGUGGCUCGGACCCAGCCCACAGGCAGGGGCAGGCCAAAAGGGUCUGUUCAGUCCAGGACUGCAAGGAGGGGCCAGAAAAGCUGCCCUGAGACUGUGGGGCAGAAGAGGAAAAGGGCUGAGGAGGCAAAGGAUCUUCCUCCCGGGAAGAGAACACGGCUUGGACCCCGGUCCCCUAAGGUGUGGCUAGGACCUGGAACAGCAAAGCUGCUAAAAUUCUGGGCCAUCAAGGUGGAGAAGCAGUCCUCAGAUGAUGAGGUGCGGCAGCAGGCUCAGCAGAUCCUCCGUGUGAACCUUUCCCCUGUAAUACGACUCCAGCCAUUGUUGCCAUACUCAGCACCCUGAUUCCUUCACACAGCAAUGUUUGGGGGAACUAAGCCCAAUUGUCUGUGUGGCCAAUGGCACAGUGUGCAAUGCCCAUGGAUUCCACAACCCCAAGGACUCCGGGUGCCUCUCCAGGGCCCUGAGAGCCACCGGCCUCCUUUCAGAGACUGGAGGAUGUGGGGUGGGGUGGGGUGGGGUGGGGUGGGGUGGGCGGGUGGGAGGGGUUGGUCUCAUGGCGCAAUGCACUGUGACUUGUUACUUUUCAAGUUGUAUGUCCACUGUUCCAUCUAUCACGUUUUAUACCUUUCCA